CUAAAAGAUCAGCUCAAGAACAAAUACUGACUUCAGUUGCUCCAGCUCAGAAAAUUACCAAACCUGCUGCAAAAUACGGAGUGCCGUUAGUGAUGAGGAAGUCUUGUGAUGUGCCUAAAAAGCCAAAUGAGAAAAAAACAUUGGCUAAAUCUAGACAGGCCUUUCCAACACCAAUGAAGAAAAUUAAUCCAGGAGAAGAAAGGAGGAAAAUGUUUGAGGAACCUUCAAAAAAGAAAAGGUUAGAAUUUCCUGAAAAACGCCAGAGAGAUCAGAUCAGUUUACUGAAGGCAGAUGAAAUGAGAAGAUUGGAAAAAGAAAGGAUGGAACGAAUAAACAGAGCCAGGGAACAAGGAUGGAGGAAUGUGCUUGGUUCAGGUGGAGGUGGUGAUGUUAAGGCUCCAUAUUAUGGCGGAGGUGGUGUUGGUCCUUUUCCUGUGUCUUCCAGAGGACAAUAUGAACACUAUCAUGCUAUUUUUGACCAGAUGCAACAGCAAAAAGAAAACGUUAGGGUAGCUGAAGAGAGGGAAGCCAGAUUGAGGGCGAAAGUCCAAAGCCGAGAAGUUGGUGAAAGAGGAAUUCCACCUGGAGUACGUCCAGGAGUUCCUAAGGGGCCUGCAGGUCAUCACCAUUUACCUGAUGCUGGUGCAGUUAGGAAAAAAGUGAAAAGAUUGAAGGAUGUGUCAAAACAAGCCAGUGCAAACAGGCAAAAAGGGUGGAUAGCUGCAGAGAGAGCAAAGCAAGUUGAAGAAUUCUGGCAACGAAAGAGAGAAGCCAUGGAAAACAAAGCUCGAGCUGAGGGACACAUGGGUACACUGCAAAACGUGGCAGAUAUCUAUGGAGGCAGGCCCAUUUCUGCGAGAGGAAGGAAAUCCAGAAACAAGGAGGAAGAGGAAUAUCUGGCAAGAUUAAGACAGAUCCGGCUACAAAACUUUAAUGAACGUCAGCAGAUCAAAGCAAAACUUCGUGGAGAGAAGAAUGAAGCGGCCAGUUCUGAUGGACAAGAGUCGAGCGAGGAAGCAGAACUGAAGCGCAAAAAGCUAGGAGCGCAGAAGGCCCAGGCAAAUGCUCGAGCUGCAGUUCUGAAAGAACAGUUAGAGCGAAAGAGGAAGGAAGCGUAUGAAAGAGAGAAAAGAGCCUGGGAAGAACAUCUGAUAGCGAAAGGGGUAAAGAAUCCUAAUGUGCCUUUUCACAUGGGAGCUACGGAGCGCAGUCCCACGCAUGAGCUCCAAGAGCUUGGACCGGCUCUUCUGAAGCCACAGCUUACAGUGAAGCCUGGCACACCGGUCAUCUCCAUCACUUCUGCUCUGAAGGAAGUGGGGGUGAAGGAUGAAAAUGUAACUGCUAGCCAGGAAGCUGGGGAGAAAAUAAAAAAGCCAGAUUUUGCAACACAGAAUAAACGAGAAAUUCUGAGAAGAUUAAAUCAAAAUCUUAAAGCUCAAGAACAUGAGAAAGGAAAAAAGGAGUGUAAAAACAUCUCCGAAUCGGCCAGCUCCGAAGAUGGCGAGGAACAGCAAGAAGGUGACCAUCCACUCCUAGGAGAUCGCAGAAAAUGGGAAUCUGGGGCAUCUGAGCUGGUAGUUCCUCUAGCUCAGUUAUCAAUGGAAGACUCUCUUUCUGGAACAGACCGUGAAACGCUGGGGGAAGUGAUUAGGUUAGAUAUUGGUGAACCCCACAGGAAGGUCUGGGGCAAAAGCCCUACUGAUUCAGUCCUGAAGAUCCUAGGAGAAGCAGAGUUGCAGCUGCAAACUGACUUACUUGAGGAACUUGAUGUAAUGAACGGCACUGCAGAACUUCUUGAAGGAGAUCAUCAGUCCCUGGUUGUAGGAGAGGAGGAGGAAGAGAAAGUCCUUCCCGCUCUCGGGGCUCAGCCUUCAGUACCGGCUGGGCUCGCAGAGUCUGACAGGACCGUACCAGAAGAGUCUCGAAGCGCCGGACCUACCCGGGGGCAGAGCGAACCCGUUACGCUGGAUGAGCCUGAUGAUUUGGAAGCAGAGAUGUUGGAAGAAACAAAAGGUGAAACGCACCAGAGUAAGGAAUUUCCUGUCACCGUUAACGAAGUGUGGGUAGAAGAGGAAAAUAAGUCACCAGCAAAAAAUAAAGACAAAAGUUCACUGCUGAUUGGACUUUCCACAGGGCUUUUCGAUGCAAACGACCCAAAGGACGACUGCACGGUGUUCACGGUGUCGGCGGGGCUUGCGCAGCAGUGGGGGUCUCAAGACUUCACCGUUCGGCAUUUCACGUCCAG